AUGGACACGGCCGGCCUUGGUGGCAUGCCAGGGCCUCGGUGUUGCUGUGGGAGCCAGGACUGCGCUUUCCUGGCUCACAAUGGAAAACUCUUAGAGGGGCUCGAGAGGGAUGUGUCAAAGGCUGCACAGCUGGGUCAGGCACUCCUCGUCCGCCAUGAAGCCUACGUCGCCGAUUCGGAGCGCGAACGGAAAGAAAUGAUUCACACCAUCGACUCGCUUGAGAAGGACAAGAUAGAGCUCGAAGCCAAGAAUGCGCAAACCAUCAAGGCCAACAGAGACCUCCUCGACCAGCUCGAGCAGCUCAACAGCGCCGUCGCCGAGUCAGACGCCCACAUUCGAGCGCUCGAAGACACGCUGCGCUCCACUGAAGACGAAAUCGACCGCCUGAGUUCCCUGGCAGCACGCACCCAGCUCCUCGAACGCCAGCUGAUAGACCUCGAAAGAGAACAGUCGCAGCUGCAGAGCAGUCUCGACGCAAAACUGGUCGACGAGCGAACCGCCAUACAACGAUGGAAGGUAGCAGAGAGGACUAUAGGUGACCUCCAGGACCAGAUUGAUCGCAUCGAGAAAGAGUCCCGUGCAGAACGUCAGCGACACAUGGAAGUCGUGGCACGCAUGGAGCGGAGGAUGGCUGUCGAAGAAAACCUCCACUCAGCCGCUGGCAGGCUCAAGGCCAAAGCAGGGACUGACAAGGGCGGGCCCAACGUCGUCUCGCACUUUGUCAAGGACAUUCUACUCGAUAAUGCUAAUCUACAACACGGCAUACUGGAAUUGCGCGAGUUACUAGGAAAUUCAAACGAAGAAGUGGAGCGUCUGCGAGACCAGCUCAAAGUUCACCAGCCCGUAUCCACAUCAUCCGAGGACGUCACGAGCCCUUCGCUGCAGAAGGAACUCGAGAUGGAGAUGGAAUCUCUGAAUCAGGAACUUCACAUACACCACCAUUACCACGGUCCCAAGGUUGCCAGGAACGUACCCAAACCGCCGGCGCAGCGACGGCCAAAAAAGAAGCGGUUUUCUCUUACCCCAACACAUUUCGACCCGCCUCCGACGCUCGAUCGUUCAUCCACGGCUGCGAUACUGGAACACACUGCCGUCACUGUGCCAAACUCGCACAGAUGGUCUCAGGCUUCGACCCUUACGCCGGGCUCCUUUGCAGGUUCUCCCGUAUCGGAUUCUCAUCGUGGUUCCAUGUACGAUCGUGUCUUCAGCGAGGCCUACGACUCAUCCCGUCCUACUAGUCCUCCCGAUUCGAUUGAUUUCCACUCUCCCAUGUUCGGCCCCGUCAAGUCUAACGACUAUAGCUCAGAUCCAGAUGCAAUGCCUCCGAUGCUGCGAAGGUCGUCUGGAACCCUUGAGGUGGCCAAGAGCGGAAGCAAGCAUCUACGACGCAAGUCUCGCGGGCUCAUGCCACCAAGUCUCUCAACAAUGCGCAGCUCGAGCACACCAAUCACCCUAACUACCAAGAGUAGUCCUGCAACCGCCAUCAUCUCGGCUGUGAGCCCCGCCAACUCUUUCUCGGAUGCCAGUUUCACGCUUUCACCAUACCUGCAGCCGGAGCCUCAGGCCGCGAUCCCAGAGGAAAGCGAAGACUCCUCGCUGUCGACCGCUGAGCCCUCGCUGAUGACUUCCCACGGCGACUUCGAGCCCGACGAUCUUGUCUCGCCCAUGACCGCCAUGCGCCCCGCAUUACGCCGCCACGCUUCCCACGAAUCCCUCAUCUCAGUCUCCGGCAUGGACAUCCACACUCUACAAUCACGACCCUCACAGCUUCUGUAUUCCAACGCAGCACGCUUUGCAACCCCCGGUAACGCUGGCUCCGUAGGACCAGAGCUCACUCCAUGGACCGCCACCGCUCAUGGCACGCUUUCAAACAAGACUUCAGAGAGCAGCAUGGCGCAACGCGACCGUCUCUACUCCAGCAUCGCGAAUCAGAAACGCGGUCCCCGGAAGAGCGAUGGUCCCCAGCCCUCAUCUAGUGGACCUGGUCUCACGAAGAAAGUCGGCGGUUGGGUCUUUGGCAAGUGGGGUGCCAGCCCUGCUCCUGUUGUGUCGCCGCCUGCUACGGCUACUCGUGCGCCUUCGAUCCUUAGCCAGGAAACGCAGUCGACGCAGGAUACGCAGGACUCACAGUCGAGUGAAGGUACUGCGACUUCCAAGGACGGCUCGAAGAAGAAGGACAAGCCCAAGCUGAGACCCAGUGGUGUGAAUCAGAAUGGCCCUAUUUGGGGCUUCUUUGAUGAGGUUCCCGAUGCCCCCGCCAAGGUUGUCGUGCAGGAUUAUGAUGCUGAUGCGCUUGGUGAGGCUUUGGCUGAAGCUUCAUAG